AUGAAAGGUCUUACCAAUGCCAAUACUGCAGUCGUGGAUUCAAUCGACGAGACGCACUCCUUCGUCAUUGGAGAACGUGUGACAGACGACUCAGAUCAGGUUUACCGCCUCCAUCCCUGGACCAGAAGAAGCGAGGGAGACCGCAAAAUGCUUGCUUGCGCGGAGCAGAAUCGCGCUUGCACUUAUAUCCAAACACCAAGGAGGAAUGACUUGACAUCCUCACUGCAGGGGGCAGAAGACCAGAAAACGUACGAGCUCCUAUCAGGACAGGACCUGCAGGUAGAUGGUUCAUUCUUCCUAUCGCAACAAGACUGGAUUCCUGACUCGACGACGGUUACUUCAUUUUAUCCCGUCCUACUUAUGCAGUCUCAACCUGGUUCCAAGUCAAAUGUAAAUUCCAGUCUGAGAUCACAAUCUGGCUCAUAUCCACCACAAGAUGAAUGGCCUGUCUCCCAUGAUAGCCCAUCGCUGUCGCUUGUGACACCUAAGCCGACCUUUCCUCGUAUGCGUCUCCGCUUUCUUGCUAGACUUACUUCCUCCCAUGGUCUGGCCAAUUCAUUCAACUGCGACAAUAUCUUCGCCAGGGCAAAGACUCAUUCUGGUCUCCUACAAUAUGGUAGCCAGCCCUCUCUCGAAUCAGUAGCCAUUGCUGGAACCCCGGUCGCAUCGCCUUUGGUACCUAUAGGCCAACAGACACAGCCCCAACACCAGCAAAGGCUGGCAGGACAAUACUCAUUGGCAAACAUAUGUGGACAGAUUGUCACAGGUGCCUUUGAAGCAUCAUCUCAGGUAUCUGAUCUAAACUGGUCCAACUCACGAAAACUGUCCUGUUCAAGAUUCUUUUCUCCAAGAAAUGUUGAGCUGUUCUUGACUUUGUUCUUUCAAGCCUGGCAUCCAAACUGGCCCGUCUUCCAUAGACCUACAUUUGACCCCACUGCAAAGUCUCCCAAGUUGAUAGCGGCUCUGUCACUGAUCGGUGCCUCUUUGAGUCCCGACAGAAAGUACCAUGAUCAAGCAAUGAUGUGGCUCGAGACAGUCGAGAACUGGAUCUUCCAGGACCCGGAUUUCAGCGAAGACAGUAUUGCUCAAACAGACGAUGACAGCCAGGAUUCUCAGGUUCGUCAGCGCCUUGACAUAUUGCAGGCGGCUUAUGGUAUCCUUCUGCUCAUGAAUUGGGAGGGUGACACAAAAAUGAGACUCAGAGCACGAAGGACGCGGUUUCCUGACAUCGUCUUCGUUUCCCGCACCCUGUAUCCCUUCGCGAUGGUUGGAACAAGCGAGAAAGAAUCCCUUGCUUCACGCAACCUCCAUGACCACUGGACAGCGUUUGGAUUGCGAGAGGAGUUAAUCCGUACCCUCUUAUAUACCUUCCUUCUUGACUCUGCAUUCGUGAUAUUCUACGAUAUGAGUCCCCGGAUGGUAAUCAAUGAAUUGCAAUUUGGCCUCGCGGCUCAGGAUGAGCAUUUUAAUGCUCCAGAUGCCGAGACAUGGUUCAUGUGCACCCAAGCUGCUGCACAGAGAUCACUGGCGUUCAGCGAGGUCACGUUGGCUCAGUCUAUUACCAUGAUUAUGGGUGAGGGCGUUGGUACCAGUGGAUGGGAAGUCUUCGAGACGACAAGUCCAUUGAAUCUGUUUGCUAUUGCGAGUGAAUGGACCAGACCCAAGGUCAAGAUCCUUGCCUAUUAUACGAGGGCUGAGUAA